AGCACCAAGUAUUUUCUUCUACUGUGUGCACUCUUCAAAAGUAGCUGGAGCUGUACUAUUGAAGGAAACAGGACAUGCAGCACAAAGUGUGACUACACCGACUGGGCUAAGGAUGCCAACUGUCGCAGACUGUCCUUGACAGUCGUCCCGAGAGAGUGCUAUAUGAGCCAGACGAUGGACCUACGUCACAACCAGAUCACUGUCCUCAAUGAUGGAGACUUCGCUGGAUACAGUGACAUUACUUAUCUCGACAUCGAGAUGAACUCAAUGACUGAUAUCAGUCCAUUUGCCUUCAGUGACAAUUCCAAACUUGAUACCCUGUACGCCCAGUUCAACCUUCUCACCAUCAUCUAUACAAACAAUUUCGCCGGAGCCCCAAACCUCCGUCAACUCUUCCUUAACAACAACAACAUCUCUGAGGUGGAGAGAGGGGCAUUUGACGGCAACCCAAAUCUCGAAGUGCUCUUUCUGAGCAGUAAUCACAUCUCCAAACUCUAUUCAAAUUCUUUCCAAGAAUUAACCAAGCUUGUCCAUCUAUCUAUCGAAAACAACUCACUUUCAGCCAUCCUAAAUGACGCUUUUAAGGGACUAACAAAUCUGACAUAUCUCAGCUUGGGUCAAAACCAACUUACAAACAUCAACUCUAAGAUGUUCGAAGACCUGAAAAAUCUCCGCACUCUCGAACUUUUUUCAAACCGUAUCAUCUCCAUCUCUCUUCCUGAACUCCCAAACCUCAACUGUUUAAACCUAUAUAAUAAUGCCCUAACCCACAUUAAUGACCUGAAUUGGUAUUUUAUGAGCAAAGAAGCAAACAAUUCAAAGCAUAAUUUAGAGGUGGUGUAUCUUGCUAAAAAUCCCCUCAUCUGCGACUGCCACCUCGAACCGUUACAACAGUGGCUUAUCGAUCACAAAGGCUCUCUGGGACAGCAAGCCAAGGCAACAUGCUAUGAUUCAACUACGCAAACCCUAAUCUUGCUGCAGCAUGAAAACUCCUACCAAAUUUGCCCCAAAACAAGCACCACACCUCUCCCUCUUACCACAACUUAUCUGUAUACUGAGUAUGAUGACAUACCCCCAACUCAAACCACAACUCUGUAUAUCGAGUAUGAUGACAUACCCCCAACUCAAACCACAACUCUGUAUGAUGACAUACCACCAAUCAAACUGCAGAACUUAUCGCCAUUGGCUAUUGUAUUUUGUUUUUUCUUUAUCACUGUGUGUGUUUUCAUUGGAUUGGGAAAUCCACUGCAGGCACCAAGCAUGAAGUAUCAGUGUUCAAUUCUUCUACUGUGUGCACUCUUCAAAAGUAGCUGGAGCUGUACUAUUGAAGGAAACAGGACAUGCAGCUUAAAGUGUGACUACACCGACUGGGCUAAGGAUGCCAACUGUCGCAGGCUGUCCUUGACAGGCGUACCGAGAGAGUGCUAUAUGAGCCAGACGAUAGACCUACGUCACAACCAGAUCACUGUCCUCAAUGAUGGAGACUUCGCUGGAUACAGUGACAUUACUUAUCUCGACAUCGAGAUGAACUCAAUGACUGAUAUCAGUCCAUUUGCCUUCAGUGACAAUUCCAAACUUGAUACCCUGUACGCCCAGUUCAACCUUCUCACCAUCAUCUAUACAAACAAUUUCGCCGGAGCCCCAAACCUCCGUCAACUCUUCCUUAACAACAACAACAUCUCUGAGGUGGAGAGAGGGGCAUUUGACGGCAACCCAAAUCUCGAAGUGCUCUUUCUGAGCAGUAAUCACAUCUCCAAACUCUAUUCAAAUUCUUUCCAAGAAUUAACCAAGCUUGUCCAUCUAUCUAUCGAAAACAACUCACUUUCAGCCAUCCUAAAUGACGCUUUUAAGGGACUAACAAAUCUGACAUAUCUCAGCUUGGGUCAAAACCAAAUUACAAACAUCAACUCUAAGAUGUUCGAAGACCUGAAAAAUCUCCGCACUCUCAAACUUUUUUCAAACCGUAUCAUCUCCAUCUCUCUUCCUGAACUCCCCAACCUCAACCAUUUAAACCUAUCUAAUAAUGCCCUAACCCACAUUAAUGACCUGAAUUGGUAUUUUAUUAGCAAAGAAGCAAACAAUUCAAAGCAUAAUUUAGAGGUGGUGAAUCUUGCUAAAAAUCCCCUCAUCUGCGGCUGCCACCUCGAACCGUUACAACAGUGGCUUAUCGAUCACAAAGGCUCUCUGGGACAGCAAGCCAAGGCAACAUGCUAUGAUUCAACUACGCAAACCCUAAUCUUGCUGCAGCAUGAAAACUCCUACCAAAUUUGCCCCAAAACAAGCACCACACCUCUCCCUCUUACCACAACUUAUCUGUAUACCGAGUAUGAUGACAUACCCCCAACUCAAACCACAACUCUGUAUGAUGACAUACCACCAACUAAUCUGCAGAACUUUUUGCUAUCGCUUAUUGUAUUGUGUUGUAUCUUAAUUACUGUCUUUUAUGUUAUCAUUGGAUUGGGAGAGAAACGAUUUUGUAAAAACAGAGGAAGAGUCUAAAAACACAACAGACCAAGGUUAGUGAAAUGAAAUAGAAGAGGAGGAUAGUGAUAAGUAGAUGGUUGAGGCUAUGCAAAAGUGCCUUGGGAGUUCUUAAUGAAGCACGGUUCAUACUUGCUGACUUCCUGCGAAUGCGGUACGAGUGUUGACGUCACAUAAUUAAAAACAAUUUUUCGCAGGGGUUGCAGGGGUUGAGUUGUGCUCUUUCUUGCGAAUAGCAGCGCAAACAGAUUUGUGACGCCAAAUUCACGUCAAAUCCUCAUCGCAUCCGCAGGAAGUAUGAACAGGGCUUUAGGGAAUAUUCCGACUCCUUUUUGGUACAAGAUCAUUCUGUACUGAAUACUACAGGGAACAAGACAUAUAUUUUAUUACCAUUGAUGCAACGGAAGUGUGCGUUCCAUUAGCUUCCCUGGAUCGACCCCGGUCUGCCCCUGGUACGUUCAAAUAGCUUUGUGACGUCAUUCCAGGGGCUCACCCA